AUGUCCCAAAAGUUUCAGGCGAUCGUAGUUGGUGGCGGCCACGCUGGCGUGGAAGCCGCUUUUGCGCUCGCUAACGCAAAAUUUAAAGUCGCUUUAAUCACGCCUAAUCUACGUCGUCUCGCUAGCAUGCCUUGCAACCCGGCGAUCGGCGGUCCGGCCAAAGGCAUUUUAACGCGUGAGAUUGACGCCCUGGGCGGAGUCCAAGGUUACUUCAGCGAUUUGGCGAUGAUCCAAAUCAAAAUGCUUAACCAGAGCAAGGGACCGGCUGUACGGGCUUUGCGAGCUCAAAUUGAUAAAGAUAAGUACAGCCAAAUGAUUUACCAAGCCGCGCAGGAUCACCCGCACCUCAGUCUAAUUGAAGCGAUGGCCGAGGACUUAGUUGUCAGCCAAGGCCAAGUUCAAGGAGUGGUGCUCGGCGACAAAACCAAGCUUUGUGCUCCGGCGGUUUUGAUUACGACUGGCACUUAUUUAAACGCCCAGAUUUUACGGGGACAAGAAAAAUUCGCCAGCGGUCCGGACGGCGAACAAGGUAGUUACGGAUUGAGCCGGGCGCUCGCCCGGCUAGGAUUUUCGCUCCAGCGUCUCAAAACCGGUACACCGCCGCGUAUUUUAGCGAGCUCGAUCGAUUUCAGUCAAGUUCAAGAGGAAGUGCUUCCGCCCGAAAAACAAGUCUUUUCGGCGCGUUCAGGUCGGCGUUUAGACCAGCAAAUCCACUGCUACUUAACCCACACCAACCAGGCGACUCACGCCGUGAUCCGGGCUAACCUUGGUCAGUCAUCGCUUUACAGUGGUUUAAUCAAAGGCGUCGGUCCGCGUUAUUGUCCGUCGAUUGAAGAUAAAGUGUGUCGUUUUCCCGAUCGUCCGCGCCAUCAAAUUUUUUACGAGCCGGAAAACGCUGCUUCAACCACGAUUUACCUGAACGGGCUUUCCACUUCGCUGCCGCCGGCUGUCCAAGCCAAAAUGGUGGCUACUUUGCCAGGUUGCGCCCAAGCCAAAAUCGUUAAAUGGGGCUACGCGAUUGAGUACGACGCAGUUGACCCGCUCGAGUUAAAGGCAACUUUGGAAACUAAACGGGUGGCUGGACUUUACUUAGCGGGUCAAAUUAACGGCACCUCGGGUUACGAAGAAGCAGCCGCGCAAGGUCUAAUGGCCGGAAUCAACAUCGGCUUAAAACUGCGCCAGCGCGAGCCGGUCGUGCUCCGACGCGACCAAGCUUACAUCGGCGUUCUGAUCGAUGACCUAGUGACCCGCGGAACGCGCGAACCCUACCGGAUGCUAACCUCCCGGGCCGAAUACCGCCUAUUGCUUCGUCACGACAACGCCGACCAGCGGCUGAGCGAAAUUGGUUACCAAGUCGGGUUGAUUUCGAAGGAUGAAAUCGAGAAAAUCCGCGCUAAGUACGAGGAAAUUGAACAAACUGUCCGCCGUUUGGAGUCAAGCUACCUUUCAACCAAAAGCGAACUAGCGCUUCGAAUCGGUUUGGCUGAAUCGACCAGUCUAAGCCAGUUAAUUGUCCGCGGGCUCGUUGAGCCAGGCGAGUUAGUCGAUUCUCCUUACCUGAACGAGAUUACGACCCGAAUUAAAUUGGGCGGUUACAUCGCAAAACAAAACCGCGAAGUCAGCAAAAUGGUGAAACUGGAAAAGAUUUUAAUCCCCGAAACGAUUAACUACCACGAGGUGAGCAACUUAGCUUCGGAAGCGCGCCAAAAACUGGAUUUGGUCCGUCCCCGCACGAUUGGCCAAGCUCGCCGGGUGGCCGGAGUUAAUUUGGUUGACAUUCAAAUGUUAACUUUUUACCUUGUUUCGCAAGGUAAAGUGCGCACCUUCGCCCAAAACGCACCUUAA